GGAUUACAUAAUAUUCCAAUGACCUGUAAGUCUUAACCAUAUCUCUGCAGAAACGGCACCGUUGCCAUUGCCAACAAUAAUGGAACUUUCCCAUAAUCUCAUGGGUCAUGAGUCAUGCCCAUUACUGUCAAACGAAAAAACGAUGUCGUUCCAGGCGAUGCACACACGCUAAAAUUUUUGUAGCUUUUCAGACACAGACACGGGUCUUCUGUCUCAGUUUCUCUCUGAACCUCCAUGGAUUCGAAUUCAAAAGCUUCAAAUUCUCAAAACCCUAAACCCCAAAUUCCACAGCCAAUGAAAGACAGAGAUUUCUUGAACCACCUCGAAGCCUAUCUCGCAAAGCGCGAUGGCGUGGACAAGCUCCUCAAGAUUUCUCGUUACGCCACGAAGAUAAUUCUGUCCUCUUCGGCUCUCCCCGAAACCCUAACACUAACUGGCCGACUCAGGAGCUUCGAGUCCAGCGUGGGACUGAGUCGCAAGGCCUUCCGACUCGGCAAGUUCGUUCAGGACGUGAACGCUUUGAGAAACUCCCAUUUCUAUUCGAAACAAGAUCUCUUGCUCUCUCUCAUUGCCUAUGGAGGCGAGGGCUUGUACUAUUUCGUUGAACAGUUUGUUUGGCUAUCGAAAUCGGGUUUGAUCGAUGCCAAACACUCGCGGAGAUUGCAAAAGGUCAGUGCUUGGGCUGAGUUCAUUGGGUACAUAGGCAGCAUCUCCUUGAAAUUCAGGGAUUUGAAGGGACUUAUCGAGGAGGAGGCGUGUUUGGAAACGAGCAUUGAGAUUUCGGUUGUGAGUGGAAUUGGGUGCAAUGAAGAGGAACAGAAAUUGAAGAAGAUAAAGGAGAAGAAGGUAAUGAAGAAGCUCUCAAUUGUUCAAGAUUUCGCUGAUGGGUUAAUGGCUUUGGCCGAUAUUCGUGACGGGAAAGGCAGGCUUUCAGCUCCGUUUGUGCUCUCGUGUGCUGGUCUUUUAUCGGCUCUGAUUAGUACUCACAAGAAUUGGAUUUCUUGCUGAGUUUGGUGGCCUUGAAUUUGUUUUUUCUUUUUCAAUGAGGUAUGAUUGCUGGGCAUUUGGGUUUUUCUUAUAUUGUUAUGUGGAUUUUGAAUUCCAGGAUUGUUAAUGCAAUGCCCAUAAUUUAUUUACUGAUGAAUAAAACUGUACACAGAUAGUG